AUGAAGGCAUUAUAUCAUCACCUAUGUGAUCAACAUAUCGGUCGUAAAUCGACAGGGAAUUUAACCUUGAAAUGUCAUUGGAAGAAUUGUGACACAGUCUGUGUGAAGCGUGAUCAUAUCACAAGUCAUUUGCGAGUGCAUACGCCACUCAAACCACACAGUUGUGAGGUUUGUGGCAAAGCAUUCAAGCGCCCUCAAGACUUGAAGAAGCAUGAAAAGAUUCAU